GCUCAAAGUGUUGUUUAAAAGCCAGGUUCUUCGACAAGUUGAAUUAUCUAGCAUCGCAACUCAGUUUACUCUUCGAUUAGUGACUUGAUUCUAAAUUGCAUAAAUCAGUUUCCCAGCUUUUCAAAACAUCAAUUCCUCAGCUUCUUCCAAAAUGGCUACUUCUCUCGCCGCUGGCCUUCAAGCAAUCUCUAGCUCUAUGACAAACAUGCCCGAGGCUACCGCGAACAUCAUCUCGGAAGCCAGGGAGAAUGUCCAGAAACAGUUCGACGUCAAGUCUACAAUUCAGCCUGGCCAAGUCCUCCCGGAAUUUGUUCUCCCUGACGCUCGUGGGGUGCCCGUCAGCAGUAUUGACCUUCUGGCUAAGGGGCCAGUCCUAAUUACUUUUUACCGUGGCGGCUGGUGCCCCUUUUGUAACCUUGCAUUGAGGGCUUAUCAACAGCGCCUGGACGAUUUCAAGGCGCGAGGCGUUACUCUAGUGGCGAUUACGCCGGAACAGCCUGAUGCAUCGCUUUCCACCACGGAAAAGAAUGAGCUUAAGUUCCCUGUGUUGACUGACAAUGGCCUUCAACUUGCUCGAAAACUGAAUAUUACCUGGGAGCAGCCAAAAGAUUUGGUAGGCGUUUUGAAUGGCUUCGGGGCUGAUCUGGAGAAGCGACAUGGCAAUGACUCGAACGAAAUGGUAAUUCCGACUACAUUGCUGGUUGACCAGAAGGGCGUUGUUAGGAAUGUUUAUGCGGAAGCGGAUUGGACCCAGAGACUGGAGCCUCAAGAGGCAGUGAACUGGGUGAAUGCGCUAUAACUGCAGGAACAUUGGAGAUGGCAUAAGACAUGUAUCUAGCAUCUUUAUCAACAUCCGGCAUCUGA